AUGGACAAGAACGUGCUCGCCCGUGCGACCGAGGACGCGGACGCGCCGACGCCGGGGUACCUCUACGGGGAGAUCGCGCGCAUGACGAACCACUCGUACGAGACCUGCAUGAAGGUGCAGGAGUACCUCAUCGGCCGCCUCAAGAAGAAGCAGCCCAACAUCAAGUACAAAGCGCUCCAGGUCAUCAAGCAAGUGUGUCGAGAAGGCCGCGGCGAGUUCCGCCGGGACAUGCAGAAGCACGUACCCCUCGUCAAAGAGGCGCUGCAAUUUCGGGGGCCGCCGGAUCCGUUGAAGGGCGACGAGUACUACCGCCGCGUGCGCGAAGCCGCGAAGGA